GUUCAACCUUGAGCUCCUGAAAGAAGGUGUGAAGCGCACGAAUACAUUGUAUGGAGGGAAAGACCUUAAAGUGACGAGGGUGGUGUUUCCCAAUGGUUCUAUCGACCCAUGGCAUGCCCUAGGGAUAACAGACGACCUCAGUCCAGAAGCUACUGCAAUCUUCAUAAAUGGAACUGCUCACUGUGCAAAUAUGUACCCAGAGAAAGAAGAUGAUCCACCACAGCUACUGCAUGCCAGAGAGCAAGUUUUCAACCAUAUUCAAAAAUGGUUGCAAGAAUAAGUAAAUCACAUGAUUUCAUAAGCAGUUUUAAAAAAUAUCUUUGUGAUUUUAUACUGGAUUCUGUAUAGAAAGAUUUGUUGUUGAACCUUAUCAAGGAACUAGCAAGUGGUGCAUCAAUAGUACACUGGAUUUAAUAGUCAUAACCAUGUACGGUUUUUGUUUUUAUGUGAUAUUCUCCCAUUUGAUUUCUCAGAUGGAAAAAGAUUCCUUUUGCAGUUACCCAUUAUAUUCUCUUGUUAAUAAAAUAGCAUUGUGGUUCUUUUACAGUGUUUAACAUAACAGGAUAUUCUCUUUAUAUCUGUACACCAAACUUGUCAGAAAAGGGCAUAUUGUAAUUAAAGUUAAUGAUUAUGAAUAUAUUUAUGCUGUUUCUUGCAAUGCAUUAUUUGUAAAGCAAAUUGUAUAUAACUAAAUCUUGACUUGCGACAC